AUGCCGUUUGACGCCCAAGCCGUUGUGGACUCCAUCUCGCGCGCCGGGCUCGCCCCCGGUGCCACCCCGCUGAUCCCAGCCGACUUCGAGCCGACGACGGAGCUGUCGGUCGUCUACGGGGGAGCAAAGCCCUCGCGCUGGGCAACCUCUUCCGGCCCGGCCUCCUCGGGGGCGGCCACCUACACGCUGCUCCUGGUCGACCCGGACGCGCCCUACCCGGACGACACGCAGUUCGCAAACUGGAGGCACUGGGUCGUCACGGGGCUCAGGCCGACAACUGGAGCGUCCGCCGCCGGCGACGCCGCUGCCGCGGGGGUCACCCUGACGGCGUACCUAGGGCCUGGACCUAAGGACGACUCGGAGCCGCACCGCUACCUCUUCCAGCUAUUUAAAGAGCCCGAGGGCGGGCUGGGCGCCUUGACAAAGGCGGACGUGGGCGGCGAAGAGUUUGUCGACCGCAGGUCCUUCGACAGCCCCGCGUGGGCGGCCAGGCAUGGCCUCGAGCUGGUGGCGCUGAACUGGAUGCUUUGCGCGGCGGACGCGUGGGAGCAAAAAUAG